CUAAUUUUUUAAAUGCUUAAAAACUUGUAAACAUACAUUUCAUCCAAUACAUAUCUUGAUCGGGCCUGCAGACUUUUGAGUAAUAGUAGAAGUUAUGAAAUUGUCUUUGUAUUUAAUGUCAAAAAGCCUUCUUGGUUUCUCAGAAUCUUGUAGGUAUGGAGGGAGAGAAGAGAAGAGUUAUCCAUAAAAAGCCAAUACAUUGACUAAAUUGAUUAUUUUUUAUUUUUCUGUGGUAAGCUUUGCAUUGGUUAUAGAGCCCACUGUACUUGAUAACAACCAAUAUUUUUUAAUUUUUUUAAGCUUUCUAAGCUAAUAACUUUAUGACCUGGGUGAGAGAUACAAUUGGUUUUCACAAACCUAUAGAAAUCUAGUUGGGUUCAACUGGUCGCAACUUUAAGCCUGUCCAAGAAUAAGAAUGAAUUAUAAUAGGUCAGAUAACACUUUUGAUUAUCUCUUCAAGGUUGUGCUUCUUGGGGACUCCGGUGUGGGAAAAUCUAAUCUGCUUAUGAGGUUUGCAAGGAAUGAAUUCAAUUUGGAGUCCAAGUCAACCAUAGGUGUUGAGUUUGCAACUCGCAGCAUCAAGGUUGAUGACACUGUGAUCAAAGGCCAAAUAUGGGAUACUGCUGGUCAAGAAAGGUAUCGAGCUAUAACGAAUGCAUACUACCGUGGAGCUCUUGGGGCAUUGAUUGUCUAUGAUAUCAGUCGACAUGAGUCAUUUCUGAAUGUUGAAAAAUGGCUAAAACAGUUGAGAGAUCAGUCUGAUCCAAGCAUUGUGCUGAUGCUUGUCGGAAAUAAGAGUGAUUUAAAUCAUAUAAGACAAGUGAGUCCAGAAGAAGCUAAGUCUCUUGCAGAGAGGGAAGGUCUCUAUUUUAUGGAAACAUCUGCUCUGAAUUCUUCCAAUGUAGAGAAUGCUUUCAAACAUGUGUUGACCCAUAUUUACAAAGUAAUCAGCAAGAAAGUCCUGGAACCCAAAGACAACAUGACGACGAUGCCCAAGAAAGGCCAGACUAUUCAAGUAAAUGAGUUAUUGAACAAUCAAAAGACAGGAUGUUGCUCAGGAUGAGCCAUGUGUAAAGAAGUCCUUUUUUCAUAAAUAUAUGACCUGAUAAACUUGGGCAGCUUAGAUUAGCAUAUAUUCUUUUAGAGGUUUGAAUGUGAACUAAAGAAGCCAAUUGCUACUAAAUAUGUGAGAAUCUCUUCGGUUUUGACUA